UUUCUAGUUCAUGAAACAGUUGAAGAAAUCCAAGCUAACCUAUAUUUAUAUCUACAUCUUUUAACUACUCUCAUUUCAUCAAAGAAAUGAAUAAUGGUAUAUUAUGUUUCCUUAUAUUUCUAUUGACCGUCAUGGCAUAUUCACAUUCUACGUUAGCAUCAGGAUUCGUCGUCAAACAGUCUAGAAAUAAUGAUUACAUGGUAGUAGCCACCACAGAUACUACAAACAAAAAAUCUAAAUCAAAAUCAUCGCGCUAUAUAUCUCCUAUUAGUAAUUAUUAUUUGGAAAAAAUUAAGUUUUGUAUGCGUUAUCCAGAUGACAAAUUGUGUCGACCCAAUGACAAUCCUAACACAACUGCUUCCCCUACUACUACUUAUCACUUGAAAACUAAAAUUAAUGUCAAUAACACGAUGCCUAAUAAAAACGAAGUCAUCGAAAUCAAUACCAAUUCUACUGGGACAACGACGGCAGUUCCUACGCGUCAUACUCAUUGUCAUUAUCCGGACAACUCUACUGGAUUUUCAACCACUAAAGAAGUUUUGGAUAACGUUGCCCUUACUGAGACAAUAACAUCAGUUCCUACAAAUUAUACCAAUUCUGCAACCACCUCCACUGAAUUUGUAACCACUACUGAAGUUUUGAACAACGUGACCCUCAUUGGGACAACGACGGCAGUUCCUUCGCGUCAUGCUCAUUAUUCGAACACCUCUACUGGAUUUUCAACCACUACUGAAGUUUUGGAUAACGUGACCCUUAUUGAGACAACAACGUUAGUUCCUACAAAUUAUACCAAUUCUGCAACCACCUCCACCGAAUUUGUACCCACUACUGAAGUUUUGAACAACGUGACCCUCAUUGGGACAACGACGGCACUUCCUACGCGUCAUACUCAUUGUCAUUAUCCGGACACCUCUACUGGAUUUUCAACCACUACUGAAGUUUUGGAUAACGUGACCCUUAUUGAGACAACAACGUCAGUUCCUAAAAAUUAUACCAAUUCUGCAACCACUUCCACUGAAUUUGUAACCACUACUGAAGUUUUGGAUAACGUGACCCUUAUUGAGACAACAACGUCAGUUCCUACAAAUUAUACCAAUUCUGCAACCACCUCCACCGAAUUUUUACCCACUACUGAAGUUUUGAACAACGUGACCCUCAUUGGGACAACGAAGGCAGUUCCUUCGCGUCAUGCUCAUUAUUCGAACACCUCUAUUGGAUUUUCAACCACUACUGAAGCUUUGGAUAACGUGACCCUUAUUGAGACAACAACGUCAGUUCCUAAAAAUUAUACCAAUUCUGCAACCACCUCCACUGAAUUUGUAACCACUACUGAAGUUUUGAACAACGUGACUCUCAUUGGGACAACGACGGCACUUCCUACGCGUCAUACUCAUUGUCAUUAUCCGGACACAUCUACUGGAUUUUCAACCACUACUGAAGUUUUGGAUAACGUGAUCUUUAUUGAGACAACAACGUCAGUUCCUAAAAAUCAUACCAAUUCUGCAACCACCUCCACUGAAUUUGUAACCACUACUGAAGUUUUGGAUAACGUGACCCUUAUUGAGACAGUAACAUCAGUUCCUACAAAUUAUACCAAUUCUGCAACCACCUCCACCGAAUUUGUACCCACUACUGAAGUUUUGAACAACGUGACCCUCAUUGGGACAACGACGGCAGUUCCUUCGCGUCAUGUUCAUUAUUCGAACACCUCUACUGGAUUUUCAACCACUACUGAAGUUUUGGAUAACGUGACCCUUAUUGAGACAACAACGUCAGUUCCUAAAAAUCAUACCAAUUCUGCAACCACCUCCACUGAAUUUGUAACCACUACUAAAGUUUUGAACAACGUGACUCUCAUUGGGACAACGGCAGCAGUUCCUACAUGUGAUAUUAAUAUCUGUUAUCUAAUUUCUUUAAUUAUUAAGUAUUUUUGCAAUUGUUCCAAUUAAAAUGAUAUUUUAUUAAUUUAAUUUAUCGUUGUAAAACUAAGUAUUUAAAACUUACCAAGCAAGCCUAUUCGUUUUACAUUAACAGUUAAUAACCUUAAUGGAAAUCCAAUUGCCUGUACAGGCAAUAAAUAAUUAAUGAGAGUACGUAUGCGAGAUAUUCAAACACUAGCUAUGCAGCGCACAUUAAUAUUAUAGGUAUAGCAAAACAAUGGAAAUGUAGUAUGAAAACCAAAUAUAAAUGCUCGGGAAUACUGUUUUCAUAAUUUUUUAUUGCAAAAUAAAAUUGUUUUACUAAGCAU